GUCACAAUAAAACAAGACAGCAUUAUGAUAUGUGAAACUUCCAAUUAAAAGCUGUUCACGAAAUAUAACGUAAUUAAUUGAUGCCGCACCUUUCCGUUUUACAUCAACACAUUUUGGCUAACCUGUAUUGUUGUGGAAGUGGGGAAAACGUGGAGCUUUCGUCUGCUACUAAACGCAUGUUUCUGCUGUAUCAUUUGAUAUGUAAUAAUUAUACAUAUGUAAAAUUUAACUGUUCUAAAGGAACAUCCCAAUUAUCUACACAACAUUUUCAUAUAUAACGUUGAUAAUUUGACAAUUUGGUUUGUUUAUAUACUGUCGUAAACAAUGGCUCCCCAAAAAGGCAAACAGGCAACGAAAGGACAGAAACAGAUUGUAGAAGAAAAUAUGGAAACAUUACAUUUUUACAGGAAAAUGGUUUUUGUAGCAAAUGGUGUAUAUCUGACAGUAACAGUGGUCAUAUCUGAUGUUUUCACGGUUGCGAAUAUUCUCUUCUUCCUAUUGGCAGCAGCUUCUUAUAUUGGAAGCUACCAGUUUAUGGCAUACAUGGCAAAACCAAAGUAUACUGAAUCUGGCCAGCUUGUGGACAGUGGAGUUGAUCUCAACAUGGAAGGUGGAAUAGCCGAGCAUGUGAAGGAUCUCUUAAUUCUAACAUCUGCAUGCCAGAUGCUGUCUAUCUUUUCAAAUUACUUUUGGCUGCUGUGGCUCCUGGCUCCCAUAAGAGGUUUUUGGUUGCUGUGGGUUACAGUCCUGUCUCCGUGGUUCUUCCAACAGGCUCCGAGAGAGGAAAUUGAUGAAAAAAAGCAGAGGAAGCUGGAAAGAAGAAUGAAGCGGCACUGAGACGCUUGCCUUUACUCUCUGAAUUGUGAUUCAAAUUUUUUUACUUCCUUAUUGUUGAUGGUGAUGGACAGCAUUAUUUUGCCUUACCAAUUACUUAAUACCUCAUAAUUGUAUAUAAAAGUAUUUUUAAAAUGAAUAAAUGAAUUCAUGUUAUCAUACAGUGACGGAAACAUUAUGAGACAGAAAUGUUAGUGAGAUUAAGUGUGCUUGUGGUAUUUAUAUCUGUGACUGAAACAUUUGAGAUGACCAUAAGCCUGCUGAUAAAUGAAUAUAUGAGUGUAAGCUAUAUAAAUCCAAUAAGAUAAAUUUUAUGUCAGUUUGACAUCUAGGUUUUUGUGUAUGCAUUGAAUGACAGCAACAUCAGGUGCACAAAUAACAGUAAAGUCCUGGUUGUGAGCAGCAAUGUAAUAUCAUGUGUAAUGUAAGAUUCAUAAUGUGCAGUGCCUUAGUAUUGCUUAAUGUACAAUUCUGUAAUGUGCCUAUGUGAGACACAUACUGAUAGAACACGUAAGCUCUACAUUUGUGCUACUUCAAACUGGCAUUUAUGCUCCUUUCUUUGUAUGACGAUUUCUGUAUACUAGAUCAUCAUGUAAGAUACUGAUGCAAGAGAAAUUAUACACAUAUUGAUUCCUAACACUGAAGUUCAUAUUUCCAGGUUUGUUAUCAGUACAAGUUUUUCGUACAUCACUAAAUUCAUUGUCAAAGAGACCAGUAGCUAUUCAACAAUCAAUAGAAAGUAUGACAGAAUGCCCUUGUGUUUUUUAUCAUUAAAAAUCUGUCACUUCA